GAACCUGCUUGAAAUGCAGCCGAGGAGCCCGGGCGGGCGGCAGCGGCGGCGGCGGCGGCGGCGGGGGCAGCGGCAGCCCCGGCGCCGCGGCAAGGACUCGGAGGAGUGAGCGCGGCGGCGGCGGCGGUGCGGGGGCGCGGGGCGCGGCGGCCGGAGCCCGGGGCCCGCCAUGGGCCGCCCCGAGCGGGGCGCGCUCCGGCCGCUGGCGCCGCUGCUGCUGCUGCUGCUGCUGCUGCUGCUGCGGCUCCAGCAUCCCGCGGCGGCGGCGGCGGCGGCCGACCCCCCGCGCGGCGGCCAAGAGCCGGCCAAGGAGUGCGAGGAGAACCAGUUCCGGUGCCGGAACGAGCGCUGCAUCCCCUCGGUGUGGAGAUGCGACGAAGACGACGACUGUUCGGACAACAGCGACGAGGACGACUGCCCCAAGAAGACCUGCACAGACACGGACUUCACCUGUGACAACGGCCACUGCAUCCCCGAGCGCUGGAAGUGUGACGGCGAGGAGGAGUGUGCCGACGGCUCCGACGAGUCCGAGGCCACCUGCACCAAGCAGGUGUGCCCCGCAGAGAAGCUGAGCUGUGGCCCCAGCAGCCACAAGUGUGUGCCCGCCUCCUGGCGCUGUGACGGCGAGAAGGACUGCGAGAGCGGGGCCGACGAGGCUGGCUGUGCCACGCUGUGCGCCCCGCACGAGUUCCAGUGCCGCAACCGCUCGUGCCUGGCCGCCGUGUUCGUGUGCGACGGCGACGACGACUGCGGCGACGGCAGCGACGAGCGCGGCUGCGCCCGGCCGGCCUGCGGGCCCCGCGAGUUCCGCUGCGGCGACGGCGCCUGCAUCCCCGCGCGCUGGGUGUGCGACGGCCAGCUGGACUGCGACGACCGCGCGGACGAGGCGGCCCCGCCGUGCGGCCGCGCGGGCCCCGCCACGGCCGCGCCCGCCGCCUGCGCCGCCGCCGCCCAGUUCGCCUGCCGCAGCGGCGAGUGCGUGCACGCGGGCUGGCGCUGCGACGGCGACCGCGACUGCAAGGACGAGUCGGACGAGGCCGACUGCCCGCUGGGGACCUGCCGUGGGGACGAGUUCCGCUGUGCCGAGGGCACCUGUGUCCCCGCCGUCAGGCGCUGCAACCAGGAGCGGGACUGUCCGGAUGGGAGCGACGAGGCCGGCUGCCUGCAGGCCCCCGCAGAGUCCACCUGCGAGGGGCCCCGCAGGUUUCAGUGUAAGAGUGGCGAGUGCGUGGACAGCGGGAAAGUGUGUGACACGCAGCGGGACUGCCGGGACUGGUCGGAUGAGCCUCUGAAAGAGUGUGUUCCAUCAGUAUCCCGGGGAGACAGAAGGAGGCCCAGGGGCCUGAACGAGUGCCAGCACAACAACGGCGGCUGCUCCCACAUCUGCACCGACCUCAAGAUCGGCUUCGAGUGCGCCUGCCCCGCCGGCUUCCGGCUCCUGGACCCGAAGACCUGUGGAGACAUUGAUGAGUGUGAGGACCCUGACGCCUGCAGCCAGAUCUGUGUCAACUACAAGGGCUACUUCAAGUGCGAGUGUCACCCCGGCUAUGAGAUGGAUGCGCUGACCAAGAACUGCAAGGCUGUCGCCGGCACAAGCCCGUCCCUGAUCUUCACCAACCGGCAUGAGGUGCGCAAGAUCGACCUGGUGAAGCGCGACUACUCGCGCCUCAUCCCCAUGCUCAAGAACGUGGUGGCGCUCGACGUGGAAGUCGCCACCAACCGCAUCUACUGGUGCGACCUCUCCUUCCGCAAGAUCUACAGCGCCUACAUGGACAAGGCCAGCGACCCGGCCGAGCAGGAGGUGCUGGUGGACGAGCAGCUGCACUCGCCCGAGGGCCUGGCGGUGGACUGGGUGCACCAGCACCUCUACUGGACCGACUCGGGCAACAAGACCAUCUCCGUGGCCACGGUGGACGGCAGCCGGCGGAGCACGCUCUUCAGCCGCGGCCUCAGCGAGCCCCGGGCCAUCGCCGUUGACCCCCUGCGAGGGUUCAUGUAUUGGUCAGACUGGGGGGACCAGGCCAAGAUCGAGAAAUCUGGGCUCAACGGUGUGGGCCGGCAGACUCUGGUGUCCGACAACAUCGAAUGGCCCAACGGAAUCACCCUGGAUCUGCUGAGCCAGCGUCUGUACUGGGUGGACUCCAAGCUGCACCAGCUGUCCAGCGUGGACUUCAGUGGCCGCAGCAGGAAGAUGCUCAUCUCCUCCCCUGACUUCCUGAGCCACCCGUUCGGGGUCGCCGUGUUUGAGGACAAGGUGUACUGGACAGACCUGGAGAACGAGGCCAUUUUUAGCGCAAAUCGGCUCAAUGGCCUGGAAAUCUCCGUCCUCGCCGAGAACCUCAAUAACCCACACGACAUUGUCAUCUUCCAUGAGCUGAAGCAGCCCAGAGCUGCAGACGCCUGCGAGCUGAGUGCCCAGCCCAACGGAGGCUGCGAGUACCUGUGCCUUCCUGCUCCCCAGACCUCCAGCCACUCUCCCAAGUACACGUGUGCCUGUCCCGACACCAUGUGGCUGGGCCCAGACAUGAAGAGGUGCUACCGCGCACCUCAAUCUACCUCAACCACGACCUUCACCUCGACCGCGACAGGGACAAGAGCGGACACCACCAGAGCCCCUGGGACCACUGUCCACAGCGCCACCUACCAGAACCACAGCACAGAGACCCCAAACCAGGCAGCCGCAGCCCCCAGCUCAGCGAGCGUCGCCACGGCUCCCGUGUCCACCCCCAGCCCCGCCACCAGCAACCACUCCCAGCACUAUGGGAACGAAGGUGGCAAGAUGGGUUCCACCGUCACUGCUGCUGUCAUUGGCAUCAUUGUGCCCAUGGCGGUCAUAGCCCUGCUGUGCAUGAGCGGCUACCUGAUCUGGAGGAACUGGAAGCGGAAGAACACGAAAAGCAUGAAUUUCGACAACCCCGUGUACAGGAAGACGACAGAAGAGGAAGAUGAAGAUGAGCUGCACAUAGGGAGGACCGCUGAGAUCGGCCAUGUCUACCCUGCAGCGAUCAGCAGCUUUGAGCGCCCGCUGUGGGCAGAGCGCUGUCUUGGGGAGACCAGAGAACUGGAAGACCCAGCCCCUGCCCUCAAGGAACUUUUUGUCUUGCCGGGGGAGCCAAGGUCACAGCCGCACCAACUCCCGAAGAACCCUCUUUCCGAGCUGCCUGUCGUCGCGUGCAAGCGAGUGGCAUUAAACAUUGAAGAUGAUGGACUGCCCUGAGGAUGGGACCGCUCCCGCCGUGCCUCACGGAACUCAGUCCCAUGCACCACAGCCCGGGACGGUCUAUGCCUGGACAGGAGGGUUUCUGUCCAUGGGUUUGUGCGACUGUGCGUGUGUGUGUGUGUGUGUGUGUGUGUGUGUGUGUGUGAGAGAGAGAGAGAGAGAGAGAGAGAGAGAGAGAGAGAGAGAGAGAGAGAGAGAGAGAGAGAGGGAGAGAGUAUCUGUGUGUAUUUUUUUUUAAUUUAUGUUGCGGAAAGGUAACCACAAAGUUAUGAUGAACUGCAAACAUCCAAAGGAUGUGAAAGUUUUUAUAUGUAUAAUGUUUUAUACACUUUUUAACUGGUUGCACUACCCAUGAAGAAUCAUGGACCAGCUACGGCUGGUGACUAACAUGAUGUACAUAACCAAAUGGGCCGAUGGAACAGUAGCUCACUCAUCAUUUUAAAACUAUAUUUACAGAGGGCAUUUGGUUGGAGGGGGGCGCUUUUUAGGUUUUGGAGUUUGGGUUUUGUUUUGUAAGAUGAUUAUGCUUUGUGGCUAUCCAUCAGCAUAAGUAAAGAGAAAAAAAAAACCUUCCUGUCCCUCCCCCAUUUAGAUUAUUUAUUAACAUAUUUCAAAAAUAAGAUUAGCUCUAUAAAUAAUUUAGAGACAGGAGAGUAUUUAUUUUUGGUAUGACUGGCCUUCCCCCACGCAGAUUUGCGUGCAUUUGUGUUUGUGUAUGUGUGUGAGAGAGAAAAGGCAGAGAGGCAUACCAACGGCUGUAGUUCAGAAACAAAAGAACAAUUUCUUUUAAAAAACCACCCACAAGGGAGUUAUCCACAGCCCGUCCUUUGGAAAUUUGGCUCAGCAAAAGGAUAACAUGGUUCAGGCAAACACGGAGUGGAAGAGGCAAAACUGUCCCACCUCUGUCUGCUCCCGGAAACGGGGGGCCCAGUCAGUCAGGAGAAGCCCCCCGGUGCUCCCGAGUGCUGAGCGUCCAUGUGUGACAGAGGCCAGUUCUCAUGAGCUUAAGCGGGGCCAGGCCUGAACCGCAGCUACUCCUGGACUUGAAGUUGUGCCCUGUGAGAAACCUCGUCCAUGUCCACCAGGACGUAGGGGGCGUCAGUGUCUCCUCCGAGGUACCCCGAGGAACACCAUCCUUCUCAGCGCUCAGGGGAGACAGUUGUCACAGAGCCCCCAGUUUCCCAUGAGGAACUGGCACAGACGCUCUGAGAUACGCUCGGAGGAAGAGAAGGACAGUAGAAUUAAGUUCUGUUACAUCUCCGUUUCCCCCACUCCUACUCUCGACCACUUUCUCCAGGUGGAGAAAACACCUCACAGUCCUCUGUAGUUACCAUCACGUAUGCGUAUACAAGAAACUGAUUUUGGGCUUACGUCAGAAAAAGUGGCCAAACCUGAAGCCGUCUUUGACGGGGGGGGGGUGAUGGCGUUCGCCAUAGCGCAUUGGGUAUCUGUUCACACAGGGGUUUGGUUUACUGCUCUGUGAAUAAACGGGAAAACUCUCUGCAAAUGUACAGGCUUUUUUCAUCGUGGACACUUUCUUUCCUCUUCCCGGGUCUUAAGGGAGGCAGGGAGAAAUAAGUUCCUUUUUCUUUUCUGGGACUCUGUCAUUGGAAACCACUGGAAUCCUCCCAUCUCAGAAGGAAUUCAGUGCCACCCCCACUCGCUCCUCUGAGGGACAGUCAUCCCUUUGCUCUCCUGCCAUGUCACUCCCCUCAGACAGGUAGCGAUCAGGCAGGAAAUGGAAGUGUUUGGCUUAAGCAGGAGCAGAGGACACGUAUCAACUCUGACAUACCUGGAAUUUGACACAUUUCAGUCCUCCCUCCACACCCCCCCACACUUCCCGGUUGCCCCCCACCCUGAGCUCCCCUCCUCAGUGAAGUUUGGGUGUCUUACUGACUUGAUACCCUAUGAGUUUCCAGACAGACAUUUAGCGGUUCUGUCAUCCUAUUCCUGGGACAUUCCUCUGGAACGUUCUCAAUGAUGUCUACAAGCCUGGGGACUCCCCUUUCCGAGCCCUGUCCUCAUGCAUGUGUGGAGUCCCAGGGUGCUUCUUGACAAGGUAAAUGCACACACCUGGAUGAACCAUAUUUAAGGACAGAGAUUGAAAAACAAGAGCCAGCUCCCAUGGAGUUUAAUCAUCACUACUUUGAAGAAUGCAAAUCGGAACUGAUUUGGAUAAAGAAAAACAUGGAAAUAAACUUAAAACAAGCAACUUAAAAAAACUGUCUCCAAAGAGAAUUUUCUAGGGAAGUAGUAACAAUGCAAAGUUUCUAAACCUUCACUCAAAUCCUGACCUUCAGAACAAAUGAAUGUGGUUAGGACAAUUCAACCUGAGAUCACCAAAUAAUGACGGAAAACAACUUUGUUCGAGAUGUUCCCUCUCCUGAGGGAAUAUGCCACCCCAAAGUUUGGAAGCAGAGCUCUGGGAACCUGUGGAAAGCAAGUUGAAUUUGGUGGGGGAAUCCUACGUACAGGAGGGAUCAGCUCCUAGUUUAGGAUGCCCCUGAGCUUCACUGUGAGGUGCGAUUGCAUUUCUGUUAUCUUUCCCCCUCUUUUCUGACAUAUAUCUAGAGCCAGGAACAUGCCAUCUGGACCACAGAGCUGGAAGCAGCAAGAGCAUGGCGGGCUGGCCACGGUUUAUUAACAUGACUACUUUUCUCUUUCAAGAAACUUCUCCCAGUCCUCUUCACGCUUUCCUCGGCCAGAAGGCUACCGUGGGCUGCCUAGACAUUGUACCACACUUGCUACCUAUCUUACGGCCCAUCUUUCUAGUGGAGUUAUAAGGGCCCUAGCAGAAAUGGCCUUCCUGCUACACAGAAAACAUCACUCCGGAGACCAUAAUUCCUUACGAAGCAUACUGAGGUGACUCGUGACCUCAGGAGAUCCGAUUUAAAUGUAUGGCAAUAAAUUAAUCCCCAGGCUCUACUCUGUGACUGCAAUACAUUCAUUCACUGACACCCAACUGUUGGUAGCACCUAAGUGCCGGGCACUGCAGAGGUACAGGCCAUCCGAGCAUGUUCUGUCUUGGCAGAGCCGACAGUAGUAGCAGAGAAGGAUGUAUGCGGAUUCAAAAUAAAAAAUGUGCUUUUCAGGUUGCUACUGUUAGGACGCAAGGAAAAAGAAGGGUCUUUCUACAUGAGGAGAGGAGAAAUGGGGUCAAGAAAGGUGAUGCAGAAGUGACCUUAGCCAAGUCUUCAAAAUCCAUUAGGGAUGUCCAGGUUGCUCCGGGCAGAGGAGACGCUGUGCUAAGACACAGGGGUGCCUGAACCAGCCUGGGGAUGUUUCCAGAACUGCGUGUACUUCAUCAUAGCAUGCAACAGGCUCAAAGGUACUUAGCAAGAAAUGAGGCUGGCUGGAAAGACUGGUUCAUGCGAGCACUUUAUAGACACUCCCAUUUAAUUUCCAGUUCAGUUGAGCAGAGACUUGUUGGUCAUGGUGUCCAAGACACCAAGUAUCAUAGAAAAGACAUGGGGAUAAGCUGCCAGCCUCAGGCUUCUCGGUGGCCAAAGGGAAAUCAUGACCACUUACCACCUACCUGAGUAGCAGCUUAACCAAUUGAUAAAAAGUAACACAAGGUGCUCGGGCGAUGGGGAGUCACAGAAACAUUCUACAUGGUCAAGAGCCUCCAAUUUCCUCCACUGUGAGAGAGAAAGCUGGACAUGUGAAACACGUGGGGUCUAGAGAUGGGACCCUGAGCACUGCCCAGUGAUGCACCUGCGGGAAAGGAGAGAGUCUGGAGGAGUGUGGACCUCCCACCUCUCUCCCCGGCUCCAGAAAAACACUCAUUGUUCCCAGAACAGCAAUGAAUUAGCAAUUCAGUAAUUUCCAGUCAUUCCCAUCAAAGCUUGAAGGUGGUGUACCAGUCUUCUCCCCCUGUAGUCUUCAGGUAUUGGGGAUUUUCCGGAUAUGGAGAAUGUAGGAGGUCGAGGAAUGGUAGCUUCACACUUUGGGUUCAUGCAAGAAGUCAGAAAGCUCCAUUCGCUCAAGCUGUGCACCAUGUGCAUAGUUGGCAAUCGGCAGAAACCCUCUGCAUUUGCAAACACUUUGUGCUAGAAAAAGUAAUUUUUAAAAGUCACCAGUAUGUACAUAUAUAUAUUUAAAGACAUGAGGUUUUGAUACUUUUUUAAACAAAAACUACAAGAGAAAACAGGUACCUGUACAGACCAUAUGUUUUAAAAUAGCAUUUUGUUCUAUACAAACUUGUUCAUUGGAGGGUGUAGUAACUGGUUUGCAGAUGCCACCGCAUUGUACCCAAAUGAAUAUUCCUUGUUUAUUCCCUCUUCCCCAGACCCCAAAAUGAUCAUAUUUGAUGCAUCAGGGCAUGUUAGGUCCCACAAAUCGUUUCUGCUCUUUGUCUUGUCUGAGUUCCGUUAACUUCUGUCCUCUGCCCUUUGCAGCCUGGCUUUCUUUCCGGAAGCAGAGGGACAGAGGGAGGUAUGCUGCAUCUCACUAACGGUACUGACAUCAUCAUCUUGGUGAACUGAAAACCAAAUGUGGACAUUUGUAAAAUCUGCACUGUUUCUAGAGAGAGAUUACAUUCAUUUUUUUAAAUCUGAAA